CACAUGGGGAGAGCAGCCUGUUUAAAACAACCUCGGCUCCCUCAGUCAGAGCAGUGCAAGGCACAGAUACAGACACACACGCUCUUGCUGCCUUCCUUCACGCACACAUUGACACAUGCUUACGCACGCAGAAGGCAACUUCCCUCUAUCGGACUGACACCACACACUUGCUGGGAUAGCACACUCCCAUUCCCCACUGGAGAAGAGGAUAAGGAGUGACAGAUCAGGAAAAAAGAAAAUAGAGAAAAAGCCAAAGAUUCCCAGGUGAAGAGGAGGACAGAGACAACAUUUCCCCCAGUCUAUGCAGGUCAUUUAGAUGCAGCAAGGGUGGACGCAGGAUGUGCACAAACGGACCGAGCCCUGCUGACGCUUGGCCAAAUCUGGGUAACAGAUUGCCUCGCUAAUAAACUAUGAAAGAGCAGGAGGCAAAGUGAUGGCAAACCUUGUGACAUCGUUGUGCUGUGUAGUUCUGGCCGCAGUGGUGGUAGCCUACGCUCAAAGACGCAGCCAGCUUGUUGCUAGGAACCAGUAUGAGCGGAGGGGCAGCGAUGUCACCAUGCAGUGUGGCUCCCUGGAAAGUGACGUAUCGGUGUCAUGGAAGGUGAACGGGACAGACAUCGAGGCCCAGCACCAGCUGAAUGGUCCCAAGCUGAUUCUGACCCAGGUUGACCUUGACCACAAUGGACUCUACAGCUGUUUUCAGAAUCCGCUUGGAGAAAGGAGGGAUACCAUCCUCCUCCACGUUGGUGUUCCCCCUCAGGAGCCCAAAGUCACCUGUCGGUCCAACGCCUACCCUAAAGGCUUCUACUGCAGCUGGCACCUGAUGCAUCCUACAUACAUACCCACCAGCUUUGAAGUGGACGUGCAGUACAACCAGCGCUCACUGGAUGUGCAGAAAGAUCCAGUCCACAAGAAUCGCUGUCAUGUACAGUUCCCAGAGGUCUUCUCCACCAAUCCAUACAAAGUUAAUGUGACAGCUGUAAACGCCUUAGGGAAAGCCUCUGGUACCCUAUCCUUCGAAGAGUCCAGUAUAGUCAAACCGGACCCCCCAGAGCGUGUGACAGCAACCCCGAUCCUUUCUAAACCUCGAAGGCUGGAGGUGUCCUGGCAAAGCCCUGCCACGUGGCCCGAUAUAGACACGUUUCCACUUAAGUACUUUCUUCGAUACCGACCACUCAUUCAAGAGAGGUGGCAACAUGUGGAGCUAUCUGACAGCACUUCUCAUACCAUUACCGAUGCAUAUGCUGGGAAGGAAUAUAUUAUACAGUUAGCUGCUAAGGACACGGAGAUUGGAACAUGGAGUGACUGGAGCGUUGCUGUCCAUGCUACACCCUGGAUUGAGGAUCCUCUGCCAGUCUGUCCCUCAACUGAAGUGGACUUUCCUACUGAGACGAAGACCUCUCCCAUACCGUCCUCCAAAGCACCGCAGAAGGCCGAGCCUCCAGUGGGCAGAGCUGCCAGGCUUGUCUCAAUUUUCUCCCCUUUGCUGUUAGGGAUGAUGCUGUUGUUCAUGUGAUUUUUUAUCUCAUAGAGUGACAACAGGUGGGAGGAAGAACAGGAUAAAUAGACGGAGGCUGGUGUUUUUUCUAUUUUGCACAUGUUUUUGAGGAUACAGUGCAUUGAUCAUUUCUGCCCAUCACAGUUACUCACCAAAAUUACUUAAGAGAGGAAAUCAGACAGUCGUUGACUGACGGAGACGAAAAAAAUUCUUCAUAGGAACUUUUGCAAAUGGCAUCGCUGACAACAAGAACAGCAGCAGAGGCAGCAGAACAACCAUGAUCAGCAGCGACAUCAAAGUGAUUAAUGUUACGCCCUUGUGGCUUCGAUGAGCCGCAGAAGACGGAUUUGUUGGUUUGUUUGGUUCAAGCUCCUUCUCUGAGCAAGAAAGCCAACUCAUGUUAUUUUUUAUUCAUUAAUUGACUUUUUCCCUUUCUUUUAAACUGCAGAGCGCUUCACAGACAAAUGCACUCUUAAAGAAGUUGUGCCUUUGUGUGUGUGGCUACUGUAGCGCCCCACAUACAGCUCAAUCAUCACGCCAAAGACUGAUAAGCACCCCAAUGAAGUGGCUCCAAAUUUUUUCACUGAGCUUCCUGAAGCUUGUGCCUGUACUCAGAAAUUGUGUACAUAUGCAAGUGGAGUAGUGAUGCUGAAAAUUGCUAUAUGUAACAAACCUGAGGAUCCCUGCAGCCCCUGUUUGUGCACACACACUGUUUAAAGAAGACCCCACAGCAAGCCUCCAUGAGACCGUACUCCUCCUGUAUGCCUCAGACGACUGAAUCAAACCAAUGGAGUGAGCCGUUUUUUGAUCUGGAGACUAACACUUUGAAGAAUUUGGUUAAAGGUAUAGUAGUUGAUUUAUUUAGACAGUUAGCUAUACAUCGUGCUUACAGUGACUGGUAAGAAGGACCUGGAUUGUAAAAAAAUAAAAUAAAAUGAGGUAAAUAAAAAUACAAAAAAAUACAAAAAAUAAAAAAAUAAAUUGGUUUUCAAACAAAAGACUUGUUUCACAAAUUUGCUUUCGGUUUGACUUUGUUUUGACAGCAACAUUGACUUUUGGAUCACUGACGCGCUAGUGUGUUGGCUUCUCUUUCCGCUCUAUGCUGUAAAAUACAGUAACAUGAAUCUGUUUGCUUUCCAAAGUCUGGCGCCUUUACAAACAUUUCAUUAUUUUUCUGUUUACAUUUUAAUAGCCUAUAUCAGCAGGUAUUAUUAUGUUAUUCAAAUGAAUAUUAAUGUGUUUAUUGUAAUGUUUGGAUUUUAUGGACAAAUAAUAAAAAGAUGCAUAUAGGGCUUUAGUUUUUUGUUUGUUCUUUUUUUUUUUAGACAUUCAUAAUGGCUUAAUUUCUUGGUUCUAUUUUGUAAACAACGAUAUGUAACUUUAACAAUGAACAAAGUUUAUUAUUUAAUAUUAUUAAUAAUAAUAAUGUAUGUAUGUAUUAGCGGUAGAAUGUCGUAACCUGUACCUGAGGUCUUUUUUAUAGAUGUAUAUAAAAUGACAGGUUUCAACCAUUAAAUGUGACCAUUUCACAAUGAA